AUGAGAGACAGAGAUCCGACUCCAUCAGUCGUCGAUGGCUGCCCCGGCGAGUCCCUUCCUCUCCAUUCUGCUUCGAGUUGUCCUCUGUUCCCUCCACCGCCGAGGUCACGCUCCACUCUUUCGUCGCCGAUCACCCUCUCCCAUGGUGGCCCUUUCACUUCCGCCGCUUGCAUGUGGUUUUUGCUCAUCAGAAAUCAAGCAUCAGCAGCAAAAGCAACCUCGAUGACCCGUUCUGGUCUCCUUACACCGUCGUUGCAGAUGACGAUACGACACACCUGCGACCGUGAACUACAGGAGCAGAUCUGGAUCCCUCCUUGGUAA